GGACCAAUCACAGACGACGUGUGAUGUAAACAAGGAAGUAGCUAAUGCAACCGAGCAAAAGUGAGGAAGAUAAUUAUGUUUGUUCUCAUUUCCUUUUUACAAACGAGCUGAUUCAUAACGUUUUUUUUCAUUUUCGUUUUCUGAUUUAUUAUUCUGCCGGACCCUGUUACAGGUAACAUAAUUCGUAGCUUUUGAGACGGUGUGUCCGUUUUUCUCGUUCAAGCCGUUUGUUUUUGUGAAGAAUGGAUAAAAUACACAAGACGAUCCUUCAGCGCAACAGAAUGAAUCUGGUGAAAACGUUGGAUCCAUCCAGCCUGUAUGAUGCCCUUCUGGAAAAAGGGGUUUUCACUCAGGAUAUGAUUGAUGACAUAAAGAGGUCUGGGACCAGACGCGACCAGGCCAGAGAGCUAGUCCGGGACCUGGAAACCCGUGGAAGUCGAGCCUUUCCUUUAUUUCUUCAGUGCCUUCAGGAGACGGGUCAGGACAGUUUGGCCGAGCUCCUACAGAAUGGUGUUCCAACAGUAAAACUACAGCCUGCGACACCCACUGAGGUUGUUCGUCCCAUCCUCCAGCCUCUACCAGUUACCUUUCCAAUGGAUGUUGGUUCUGUCGUUCCAAUACAGAAACCUGAAACUUCUCCCAGUCCAUCACCUGAAAAGGACUACUUGCCACUAAAGCCACCAGGUAGAGUUCGACGAGACAGUAUUCAGAACUAUAAAAUGGAUGCCAGCCCAUGUGGACUCUGCCUCAUCAUAAACAAUGUGGAGUUUGAACCGCUGAGCCAGCUGAGCAAUCGCAGGGGGUCAAAUAUAGAUUGUGAAAAGCUGCACAAAAGAUUUGAGGCACUCAACUUUAUUGUAGAGGUCAAGUGCAACCUAACAAAACGACAAAUGGUGCAUGAACUGUCAUCUUUGCGUAAAAAGGAUCACUCACAAUAUGACUGCUGUGUGGUCAUCAUGUUGUCCCAUGGCACUGAGGUGAGUCACAGCCGCUUCCCUGGUGCAGUGUUUGGUGUGGAUGGAGAAAGUAUCCCAGUUCAGAACAUCACAGCCUAUCUCAAUGGCCAGAAUUGCCCUUCUUUACAGGGCAAACCUAAGCUUUUCUUCAUCCAGGCAUGUGGAGGAGAUGAGAAAGACACAGGAUUUGAAGUGUCACCUGAUGAAUUUGAACCCUCCAUUGGUGGAGUAGAUGAUCAGACAGAUUCCAUUCCAAUAUCAUCCAGCAGCGAUUCCCUGAGCAUGUCUGAUGAACCAGAUGCCAGGGCAACUCUCCCAACUCCAAGUGACAUUCUAGUUUCAUACUCUACCUUUCCUGGAUACGUUUCUUGGAGAGAUACAGAGUCGGGUUCCUGGUAUGUUGAGACACUGGACCAUAUUCUUGAAGAAAAUGCAUCUACCGAUGACUUGGUAACAAUGUUAAUGAUGGUUAAUCACGAAGUCUCACAAAACUCUGCAAAAGGACUCUACAAGCAAAUGCCUGGUUCUUUUAACUUCCUCCGCAAACUUCUCUACUUUCAAAGCCAAGCAUAGCCCAGUUUGCUGGUCCACUUCUGUGUUUCAGGGUUUUGGUUCAUUUUUUAUUGUCACAUGACAUGAAACCGAUUUCUUAGUUUUGUCUCAGCAUUACACAGAAUUGUUUUAGUGCUAUUACUGAAACAACUGUUUCAUUGUACAUUUCUAUGUUAUGCCUUGGUGUGUGCUUUAAUGGUUGGGACAACUUUCCUUAAUGAGCUUGUCAGAAAGUAAAUGUACUUAAUGGUGAAAUGUGGUUGUGGGUAGGUCUAUUUUUUGUUAUUGACACAUAUUGUCCAGUUAAGAGAGAACACAAUCAACAUGCAGAAAUGUUAGAAUUUUUAUAAGCAUAAUAAUCAAAAAAUGUUAAUAAUGACUGUGCUAGAAAGUGGCAUGCUCCCCUUAGAGGAGUAGCUUUGUGAUGAAUAUCCGUGAUUCAAAAAAAUCUUUUAGGUUUGUUUACUAUCAUGUUCCCUGUUAUCUCAUCAUUUUAGAACUGAUUUAUUUAAACGUCAGUUAUAGAUUUUUGUAAUGUAUUUAUUGGCAACACUAAUUAAAAUAUUAGCAUAAUAACA